AUGGGAAAACUCAAGAAAGGAAGAAGAAACCAGAAAGCCAGACUCAAUCCCAUUGGAACCAACCCCAAGGCAUCCAGCAAGGAUGAGAAAAGAGACGAGAAUACGAGACAGUCCAAGAUCUUGCCCUUGAUCAACAAGUUGAAGUCUACAGUAGCAAAUGAUAGAUCUAUGGCUUUGGGUGCUAUUACUGUUUUGGCUGAAGACGAUAGGAUGAGAUCGUUGUUAUUGAAAGAAAAGCUAGUUAGUAUUGUCAUGGAACAGUGUUUGAACGAUGCCAACGACGAGAUCAUAGUAGAAUCAUUCGGCUUGUUGAGAAAUUUGGGAAUUGAGGAGGGCUAUGACGUGUUGAAAUACUACUGGAGAUCCAAUAUUUGGACUGCUAUUGAAGCUGCCAUAGCUAAAAUUCAAACUUCAUACAAGUAUUUGGUAGAAAAUGGUGCCAAUCCAGCAGGUAAUAAAAACGACAAGUCCAAAGUUCAAUUGUUGUACGAUUUCACGGAGAAUAUUUUGUCGCUUAUCAUCGUAUUGGCCAGUGGUUCAGAUGAUUUGUACGAAUCCAUUUUCGACAAGAUCGAUCCAAUCUUGAAAUUUGUCUCUGACUUGCUAACUUCAGAAAUUAGCACGACUUCUGGAUUCAAGAUUUCCACUAAACUUUUCAACUCCUUAUUAGAAUUCAUCUAUGAAUUCUCCACUGAGUCAGAAGAUUUUAUCAGGAAGUUCAGUUUGGACAUCAACUUCGAUUUUGCCAAAUUGUUUGCAUACGUAGAAGCCAAAGAGUCCCAUUACAACAACCUCACUAGAGUAUAUAUCGAAGGUAUCAAGUUCAACAAUUUCGAAGUAUUGAGCCAAGGAGAAAACAAGUACGAGGUCGGCACCCAAUUCUUGUCCAACAUCUUCGAAAUCAUCGUAACAACUGAUUUAGAACUUCUCAAGAAAAACAUACAUGCCAUUAAAAACCCAGACAAUUCUAGCAAGCCUAUUCAGAAGGAUGCCAACACUUUGGAAACGGACUUGUCGAAGGGUUACGACUUAGCAUUACAAACAAAAUUAGAAUUGACCACAUUAGAAGUGGCCCUAGACUUGAUUACUUCUUUGUUGGAGUACUUGUCUACCAACGAUAACGAUGAACCUCUCAAUUUGCCUACACCAACAGUUGAGGUCUUAUUAAACAAGAUCUAUCCAAGUUUAGUCGAAUUGAACAACUUUGAAAACGCCAAUAAAGGUAUGUUAUCAUUGCGUGAAAAGAUCUUGGUAGCAUUGAACAAUUUGACGUGGCUCAUGUUGUCUAACGAAUCGCUUCCAGUUGCUUGGUUCGAAAAGUCACUUGCAUUAUGGGAUUUGAUCAUAAGUUCAGCAAAUACUUCUGACGUUGUUUUACAGAAAAACUGCCUCAACGUAUUAUGGGGUAUCACUAAGUCGCUCGGGCCAGAAGUUAGAAGCAAAUUGCAGCCUUCUAUCGUUGACGAAUUGAUUGCAAAAUGCCAAACUAUUAUGGAAAAGCAAAAUGAAGCCGACGAAACUGAUAUAGAGUUGUACCUUUCUAUUGUUGGUUUCCUUGGUAACUUGGCUCCAGUCGUAGGCAACACUCAAAUCACGUCUAAAAUUUCCCAGUUCUUGAUUACUACCAUCGAAUUAUUAUGCAACUCUACAGUUACUACUGUCACCAGCCCGGCCAAGAUAGAAGUUGUAUUGGAGGCCAUAAACGUCAUUUACGAGAUUUUCGGUGAUAUCGAAUUUGACUACGACUACGAGAUCUUUGUGCAACAAGGCUACUUGCAAAAAUUGUCCCUUUUGGAACCAAAGGUCAAGGAAUUGUACAAGAAGAUCGAUAAAAAUAAGUAUCCACAUCUCAAAGCUAAAGGUGAAGAGACGUGGAUUAAUUUGGGCAGAUUUAUCCAGUAUAAACAGAGUGAAAGAGCGUAG